GAGGAGCCGAGAACGGUAAACCACAUGCGUGUGCCAUCAGGCUCACCUAACCUACCAGCAACCAAACCCAACGUAUAACGUAUUAGACGAAAAUUACUGUUCGUGCCGAGUUCUUUGGUAGUUUACAUUCAGUAGCUGUUUCUUGGGCCUUGACACUCACUUUUGGUCUUUUUUAGCGAAUUGGUUUACUAGGAGAGUCUGGUGCCUCUGAGACCACUUGCAAUCCCGAGAAUCAGUGCUAGGAGUUUGCUCAGAUUAUUUUAUGAGCAGUGUUUAUUUAUUUUUUGAGAAUUCUGCUCUGUCUGAAUUACAGGCUACGGUUAUUGUUGUAAAGUGAUCAGUGGGCUUUGCAGAAGGAAAACACAAACAAGUCUCUCUCUAUCGCUGUAUUCUACUGAAUAGAUGGAGGGCACAUAUACUAGCACACCUCCGAGACGUCGGCCUGUAAAUGCUGGCUAUAGUGGGCAGCCAAUCCCAAGCAUUCAGGUUGUUCAGCCGCCAAACGCUGCUCAGGCUUCCGCAAGUCACAGGAUGAACCCUAUAGAUUCUAUUAUGGCACCUCAACGAGCGAAGAGUCUUUCUCGAGCCAUUCCAAAGGUUCCACCGCAUCAAGGAGAACUGAACGUCAAAAGACAGGCUUCUCUUCAAGCGCCGGCUCCCAGAUCUCAAAUGGGGCCUCGUGGAGGCAGUCUUCGUGUUCAUACUGGUGCUGCAGCAGAAUCUUCGCUUCAUGGGGAACGACGCCGUCCAGAGAAACGAAAAAUAAUUGGCAAUUACGUACUUGGGAAAACAAUUGGUGCUGGUAGCAUGGGCAAGGUUAAAGUUGCGCAUCACAUGAAGGACGGGGAGCAAUAUGCUAUUAAAAUUGUUCCUCGGCUGCACCCAAAUGCACCCCGGCCGAAUGUAUCACCUCAGGAAGCCGAGAAAAUCGCCAUUACUGAGAGAAGUAAAGAGAUUCGCACUAUACGAGAAGCAGCAUUGGCGACUCUCCUUAGACACCCCUAUAUUUGCGAAGCUCGAGAUGUUUAUGCUACGGCUAAUCACUACUAUAUGGUAUUUGAGUUUGUGGAUGGAGGCCAAAUGCUUGACUAUAUAAUUUCUCAUGGAAAGUUAAAGGAAAAGCAAGCAAGAAAGUUCAUUCGUCAAAUUGGCAGUGCGCUUUCGUACCUUCAUCACAAUUCUAUCGUCCAUCGAGACCUGAAAAUUGAGAACAUUUUAAUAUCUAAAACCGGUGACAUUAAGAUCAUCGAUUUUGGUUUGUCCAAUCUUUACUCAAGACAGUCAAGACUAAAAACUUUUUGUGGCUCACUUUACUUUGCGGCACCAGAAUUGUUGAACGCGCAGCCGUACAUUGGCCCAGAGGUGGACAUCUGGAGUUUUGGCGUUGUUCUUUACGUAUUGGUAUGCGGUAAAGUUCCUUUUGAUGAUCAAAAUAUGCCUGCUUUGCAUGCGAAAAUCAAACGUGGUGCUGUUGAGUAUCCAACUUGGAUUAGUACCGAGUGCAAAAGCGUCCUUUCCUCGAUGCUUGUAACGGACCCUAAUAAGCGUGCGACAUUGGAUGAAGUACUCAACCACCCAUGGAUGGUGCGUGGUUAUGAUGGUCCGCCGUGUUCUUACUUGCCGGAACGACACAUUUUGACGCUGCCUCUGGAUCCAACUGUCGUUCGUGAGAUGUCGGGAUUCGAUUUUGGUCCUGCGGACGUAAUAAUGCGCGAUCUCACAAGGCUUGUUGGAAGUGAUGCCUAUCAAUCGCUAGCCAAGUACGAUCUAUACUCAUCUGCUACAUCACCCGAAAAGAAGCGUUCUUUCUUUGAAUUUAAAAUCCGGCAUGCUAGUCAUGAUAUUGAGAACCCUACUCUCUCUUCAACAAAUACCACACAUGAUGUUCUGGACGCUUACCACCCUUUAAUUUCUAUAUAUUACCUCGUUCUUGAAAGACGCCAGCACGAUAGAGGGGUCAGUUGGCAAAACAUACAUUCACCGAAAAAUUCUUCAAAUACGCCAUCAUCAUCAUCGCCUUCCGGUACCGGUUUCCCUCCCAUGCACAGUUUACAUCCCACUCCAGAGGCAAAAGAGAUUGUCACUAAUAGCGACCCGACUUCAGAACUUGUUCGUGCUACUUCGAAGUUGACAAUUAGCAAUCCCAUUCCGCUUUCCGUGGGACAACAGCAGCAGUUCUCUCGUGAGACCACUGGAUCUGUUACUCCGCCAUUAGAAAAGACGGAAAAGAAAUCGGGAGGACUGUUCCGCCGAUUCUCGUCUAGAAGAAAGAAGUCAAAACAAAGUCUGAUUUCCGUUAGUUCUACUGGUACCGACGGCUCUAACACGGAAAUACCUAGUCCAACCUCUGUGGCUGCUCAGCGCAUCAAGAUUGGUUCAGCAAGCAAGCCUCCUGUCUCCGCUUUGAACAAGUACUAUAAGACUGCCGCAAUUGGACGAUCUACUUCUGUUAAUGAGAGUCAGUAUAGACAAGCUAAGAUGGAAAGACAACGGAAUGAGACUCAAGUUAACGCAUCUGCACCAGUUACUGCGAACAACAAUUAUCUGUCUCCCCCGACAACGAACACCAGAGCACAACUGUUGAAUAGUCGGGGACGUUCCGUUGGCCAUAUGCAAGGAUCUGAGUACGCAGAAAAGAGAAGGGCAAGAAUUUUGAAUGAAACGAUGGGAAUACCGGCUGGUGCUACGUCUGGAAUUGAACAAACAAAACCUGAGGAAAAGAUUGAGCCUAUUAAACCAGUGUUCCUGAAGGGUUUGUUCAGUGUUUCUACCACGUCGACCAAGAGUACUGAGUUUAUUCAGCGAGACCUUAUACGUGUACUGCGCUUGCUCAACAUUAAGUUCUCGGAGAUAAAAGGCGGCUAUUUGUGUAUAUACAACGAGAAUUCAGCAGUGUCCUCACCGAGUACCAAGAGCGGACAAUUGGCUCCCCCAGAUGUCACACAGGAGGCAUCAUUGGAUUUUAUUCCCGAUGCAGCACCUGUGGACGACAUGUCUCCGCGGGGGUCGAAGGAUGUGUGUUUUGAAGUUUACAUUGUUAAGAUUCCAAUUUUGUCGCUGAGAGGCGUUUCGUUCCACCGGAUAAGUGGUGAUUCUUGGACAUACAAGAAUUUGGCAAGUCUCAUUCUUAACAAACUGAGACUUUGAUUUGAAACAAUAUUUAUGAUUGAUAAUGAACUCGAGACUAUUAUACUAUUCUCUUACGAGCACAACAUGGGUUUUCUUGUACCUCACCACUCAUUUUUGUUCUUUGUAAUGCAUAACAGCUACUGAAUUUUAGCGUUAAGAAUUUCAUUCUUUUGCAAAGAUCACCCAUUAUACUCUUUCUUUAGCAACUAAUUAGAGCUGUUUUUAUUAUUAAAUAAUGAUCACUUGGAUGGAUCGCUUGCAGGCGU